AUGGUCAAGGUCUUAAACAGGGAAACCACCUCAAUUCUUCUGCCUAAAACUUAAAAAAACCAUAGUGGGUUUCAAUACAGAGAAUGGAGACUGAUUUGCGGCGCUGAACCGAUAAAACACGGGCCCCACAUAAAGGCAAACUAAUUAAAAAAUCCCAUUUAUUUAUUUACAUACAAAUUCCAUUUCCACAAUAUUACCAUUACACCACCGAAAUAAAUCGAAUCUUCUCUCUCCUCUUCCCCGACAAUAACAAAGAAAAAAAAAAAAACAAAACGAGGGCAAAGCUAUAUGAUAACAUAGCACUGUUAUCGUUAGAGAGAGAAAGAAAAAAUAAAAUAAAAGUAAGUUUAGAGAGACAAAAAUUCAGGGGGAAAAUCUAACAUAAGAAUAGAGAAAUUGACGAAAAUGGCGGUUUUCUAGGGUUUUUAAUUUUGAGCGAAUUUGAAGAAAAAUUGGGGGAAAAUUUCCAUGGAAAUGCCAGGUAGAAGAUCAAAUUACACACUUCUAAGUCAAGUAGAUGAUCAUACAACUCCUCCUACGACGGCGGUAGGAGGAGUGAAGUAUUCAGGAGUUGGAGGAGGAGGAGGAGGAGGAGGAGGAGGAGGAGGAGGAGAGAGAAAUUUGUUUCCAUCUUCGAUUGGAUUGCAAAGGCAAAGUAGUGGGAGUAGUUUUGGGGAGAGUUCAUUGUCGGAUCAUUAUGUACCGUCGAUCUCUUUACCUGCUAGUGAUCUUGAGGGGUUUAGUUACUUGCAGGAGGAGAGAGAUUCGAGGAUUAGAGCUGCGAUUGAUGGAGGAGCUGGAGGUGGUGCUGGAGAGUCUUCGUCGUCGAAGAGUUGGGCGCAGCAGACGGAAGAGAGUUAUCAGUUGCAAUUGGCGUUGGCUUUGAGAUUGUCUUCUGAAGCUGCUUGUGCUGAUGAUCCUAAUUUUUUGGAUCCGAUGCCGGAUGAAUCGUUGUCUCGGCUGUCUUCCUCUGGCUCAGCUGAAUCUAUUUCUCAUCGAUUUUGGGUAAAUGGGUGCCUCUCAUACUCUGACAAAAUUCCUGAUGGAUUUUAUCUCAUAUAUGGGAUGGAUCCUUAUGUUUGGAAGGUGUGUGCUGAUUUACAAGAGAGUGGCCGUAUUCCUUCUAUUGAAUCACUGAAGUUGGUAGAUCCUGCUAAUGAAGCUUCACUUGAAGUAAUUUUGAUCGAUCGGCGCAGUGAUCCCAGCUUGAAGGACUUGCAGAACCGGGGUCUUGAAAUAUCCCGUAAAUGCGUGGCCUCUGAUGAUGUCGUUGAUCAGCUGGCGAAGUUGGCGUGUAACCGCAUGGGGGGGGCAGCUUCUACCAGGGAGGAGGAAUUGGUUCCCAUCUGGGAGAAAUUUAGUAACAGUCUCAAGGAUUGCCUAGGCUCUGUUGUGCUUCCUAUUGGUAGCUUAUCUAUUGGCCUGUGCAGACACCGUGCUUUGCUGUUCAAAGUCCUUGCUGAUUCAAUUGAUUUGCCAUGUCGAAUUGCCAAGGGCUGUAAAUAUUGCAAUAGAAAUGAUGCUACGUCUUGCCUUGUACGGUUUGGACUGGACAGGGAGUAUAUGGUCGAUUUGGUUGGGAAGCCAGGUUGCUUAUGUGAGCCUGAUUCCAUGCUUAAUGGUCCGUCUUCCAUAUCAAUUUCUUCACCAUUGCGCUUUCCCCGAUUUAGAUCAGUUGAACCUGCCAUUGAUUUCAGGUCACUGGCCAAACAGUACUUUUCAGAUUGUCAAUCUCUGAAUCUUGUAUUUGACAGGCCUUCAACAGGUACAGUCUUGAAUGAGCAAGAUGCAGGAGAUCCAAUGUAUCAUAAGCAAUUUGGUAGGAAGCUGCCCGACGUAAAUAAUCCUGUAUCCAAUGACCAAGAACAUUCUCGGUUUGUUGGUCAUGAUAGAGACUCCCAGUUUUCUGAAUCUAGUAAUCCUCCACAAUAUAUUGGAAGAGCACCUAAUGCCAUCAGAGAGUUCCUUCCAUCAAGAUUUAUUCCUCCUAGCAGACAAAGAGGAACCCAUACAUUUACCGAUGCAGCGAGAAAUGCAACGAAUGAUAUGCGUUUUGAGGCUAGUCAGCUAGUUUCAAGCAGGAGUGAAGCUGCUCUGGACAUGGAAGAUCUGGUUAUCUCGUGGGGUGAUCUUGUCGUGAGAGAUAGGAUUGGAGCAGGUUCUUUUGGAACUGUCCACCGUGCUGAAUGGAAUGGAUCGGAGGUUGCAGUCAAGAUCCUCAUGGAACAAGAUUUCCAUCCAGAGCGCUGCAAUGAAUUUUUAAGGGAGGUGGCAAUAAUGAAACGACUGCGACAUCCAAAUAUAGUUCUCUUCAUGGGGGCAGUUACUGAACCACCUAAUCUGGCCAUAGUGACAGAAUAUUUAUGCAGAGGAAGUUUAUACAGGCUUUUGCAUAAAUCAGGUGGCAGAGAAGUGUUAGAUGAGAGGCGGCGUCUUAGUAUGGCAUAUGAUGUGGCAAAGGGAAUGAAUUAUCUUCAUAAGCGCAAUCCACCUAUUGUUCACCGAGAUCUUAAGUCUCCUAACCUUUUGGUUGAUAAGAAAUACACUGUAAAGGUUUGUGAUUUUGGCCUUUCGCGUCUAAAGGCGAAUACAUUCUUGUCGUCAAAAUCAGCAGCUGGAACACCUGAGUGGAUGGCACCUGAAGUUCUUCGAGAUGAACAAUCAAAUGAAAAGUCAGAUGUAUACAGCUUUGGUGUAAUAUUGUGGGAACUUGCAACAUUGCAACAACCAUGGAGCAGCUUAAAUCCAGCUCAGGUUGUUGCAGCUGUUGGUUUCAAAUGCAAGAGACUUGAAAUUCCACGUGAUGUAAAUCCUCAAGUAGCUGCUCUUAUUGAGGCAUGCUGGGCAAAUGAGCCUUGGAAGCGCCCAUCCUUUGCCAACAUUAUGGAGUCCUUGAGGUCACUUCUUAGACCUCCUGCACCACAAUCAGUUCGUGGAGAUGGACAUCUCGUUACAUAGAUAUUUGGCGAAGAAUUUUGCUGUUUUGUCUUUCCUUGUCCACAUUUGCAAGAUUCUUUUCCUGGUGAGAUGUUUGGACUAGGGUAUCUCCCUCCAAUAAUCUCAGGUUACCUGGGGUACAAAUCACUUUUGAUGAGUCUGAGUUUUGGUGGAACUGAAUGCUUGUUUGGCUGGUGAGGGAAGAUAACUCUCUGGUGCAUGACUAAUUGACCGGCCUUCUGUUAAUUGCAUUUAGUAGACUUCUCAUCCUGGUCAAAUGCUGUACAUCACUAUUACCUUGCCAAUUGAGAAUUGAAUUUUUGACAAAAAAAAGUAUACACUACUCACAUACUACUUAUACUAGAUGAUCAUUAUAAUGCCAAAUAGCCCAGUACAUUUAUCCGCCUAUUUCUAACCAUCUCAUCGUGAUUUUGUAUGUAAUUCCAAGCACUGAUGCGGAUUAGUUUCUGGAAAUUAGCGUGAGUUAAUUGUGCAUAUCUUGACAUAGCAACUAGAUGGAUAAAAAUUAAAAAGCAUUCUUUGUCUCUCCUCUCUCUCUCAGUUUGUUUCUGGCACUCUUUAUAUUGGAUUAGCACUCUUGCUGAUUUUUUCAUCAGUGAUAAAGUACGAGUAGGAGUGUCGAUGCAAAUUAUGUCUGCAUCCAUAUCCGUUUCCUAAUGGGGAUAGGUUGAGCAUUUCAAAAAGUCAAACAAGAUAUGACUACCCUUUAUGAUUGUCAAGUCUGUAUUGUUACAGAUGUUUGAUCUCUUGAAGCAAGAAUUUUAUUGUUCCAUUCUCAUGGAAUCUUUGGCUAA